AGCUCUGCUUCCCAAAGCAAAAUUUGUAAUAUGCCAUUUUUCCGAUGGACGCUUCUCCUUUUGGCUGCUGACGGAGCCGCGGGAAGAUGCCGGGUUGCUGCCAAGCCACCCAGCCGGGGCACGUUCCGGGAGGGCGCCGGGGCACGCGAGGGUCUAAGCUGCCUUUCUCCUCCGGUUGCUAGGGAAAUGGUCCAGGAGUGCCGGGUGUGAGCUUCCCUCGUCAAGCCUGAGACUGCGGUUGUCACUGAUCAAUUGAAGAAGCAGGACCCGAAAUUACAGACAUUAGCAAUGAUGUGUGAAGUGAUGCCCACGAUUAAUGAGGACACCCCAAUGAGUCAAAGGGGGUCCCAAAGCAGUGGCUCAGACUCAGACUCCCAUUUUGAGCAGCUGAUGGUGAAUAUGCUAGAUGAAAGGGACCGUCUUCUAGACACCCUUCGGGAGACCCAAGAAAGCCUCUCACUUGCCCAGCAAAGACUGCAGGAUGUCAUCUAUGACAGAGAUUCGCUCCAGCGACAGCUCAACUCAGCCCUGCCACAGGAUAUCGAAUCCCUAACAGGAGGGCUGACUGGUUCUAAGGGGGCUGAUCCGCCGGAAUUUGCUGCACUGACAAAAGAAUUAAAUGCCUGUAGGGAGCAACUUCUAGAAAAGGAAGAAGAAAUUUCUGAACUUAAAGCUGAAAGAAACAACACAAGACUGUUACUGGAGCACUUGGAAUGCCUCGUGUCCCGACAUGAAAGGUCACUAAGAAUGACAGUGGUGAAACGGCAAGCCCAGUCCCCCUCAGGAGUCUCCAGUGAGGUCGAGGUUCUCAAGGCACUGAAAUCUUUGUUUGAGCACCACAAGGCCUUGGAUGAAAAGGUAAGGGAGCGACUGAGGGUUUCUUUAGAAAGAGUCUCUGCACUGGAAGAAGAACUAGCUGCUGCUAAUCAGGAGAUUGUUGCCUUGCGUGAACAAAAUGUUCAUAUACAAAGAAAAAUGGCAUCAAGUGAGGGGUCCACAGAAUCAGAACAUCUUGAAGGGAUGGAACCUGGUCAGAAAGUCCAUGAAAAGCGUUUGUCCAAUGGCUCUAUAGACUCAACUGAUGAAACUAGUCAAAUAGUCGAACUACAAGAAUUGCUUGAAAAGCAAAACUAUGAAAUGGCUCAAAUGAAAGAACGCUUAGCAGCCCUUUCUUCCCGAGUAGGGGAGGUGGAACAGGAAGCAGAGACAGCAAGAAAGGAUCUCAUUAAAACAGAAGAAAUGAACACUAAAUAUCAAAGGGACAUUAGGGAGGCCAUGGCACAGAAAGAAGAUAUGGAAGAAAGAAUCACAACCCUUGAGAAGCGUUACCUCAGUGCUCAGAGAGAAUCUACCUCCAUACAUGACAUGAAUGAUAAACUAGAAAAUGAGUUAGCAAAUAAAGAGGCCAUCCUACGGCAGAUGGAAGAGAAGAACAGACAGUUGCAAGAGCGUCUUGAGCUGGCUGAGCAAAAGCUGCAGCAGACUAUGAGAAAAGCGGAGACUCUACCUGAAGUAGAGGCUGAACUGGCUCAGAGAAUUGCAGCCCUGACAAAGGCUGAAGAGAGACAUGGAAACAUUGAAGAACGCAUGAGACAUCUAGAAGGUCAACUUGAAGAGAAAAAUCAAGAACUUCAAAGAGCUAGGCAAAGAGAGAAAAUGAAUGAGGAGCACAACAAAAGAUUAUCUGAUACUGUGGACAGACUUCUGACUGAAUCCAAUGAACGCUUACAGCUACAUUUAAAGGAAAGAAUGGCUGCUCUAGAAGAGAAGAAUGUUUUAAUUCAAGAAUCAGAAACUUUCAGAAAGAAUCUGGAAGAAUCUUUACAUGAUAAGGAAAGAUUAGCAGAAGAAAUUGAAAAGCUGAGAUCUGAACUUGACCAGUUGAAAAUGAGAACUGGCUCUUUAAUUGAACCCACAAUAUCAAGAACUCAUCUAGACACCUCAGCUGAGUUGCGGUAUUCUGUUGGAUCCCUAGUGGACAGCCAGUCUGAUUACAGAACAACUAAAGUAAUAAGAAGACCCAGGAGAGGCCGCAUGGGUGUGCGAAGAGAUGAGCCAAAGGUGAAAUCUCUUGGGGAUCAUGAGUGGAAUAGAACUCAGCAAAUUGGAGUGCUAAGCAGCCACCCUUUUGAAAGUGACACAGAAAUGUCUGAUAUUGAUGAUGAUGACAGAGAAACUAUUUUUAGUUCAAUGGAUCUGCUCUCUCCAAGUGGUCAUUCUGAUGCUCAGACUCUAGCCAUGAUGCUUCAGGAACAGUUGGAUGCCAUCAACAAAGAAAUCAGGCUAAUUCAGGAAGAAAAAGAAUCUACAGAGUUACGUGCUGAAGAAAUUGAGAAUAGAGUGGCCAGUGUGAGCCUGGAAGGCCUGAAUUUAGCAAGAGUCCAUCCAGGUACCUCCAUCACUGCCUCGGUUACAGCCUCUUCGCUGGCCAGUUCAUCUCCCCCGAGUGGACAUUCAACGCCAAAGCUCACCCCUCGGAGUCCUGCCAGGGAAAUGGAUCGGAUGGGAGUCAUGACACUGCCAAGUGAUCUAAGGAAACAUCGGAGAAAGAUUGCAGUGGUGGAAGAAGAUGGUCGGGAGGAUAAAGCAACAAUUAAAUGUGAAACUUCUCCUCCCCCUACCCCUAGAGCCAUCAGGAUGACUCACACCCUUCCCUCCUCCUACCACAAUGAUGCCCGAAGUAGUUUGUCUGUCUCCCUUGAGCCAGAAAGCCUUGGGCUUGGCAGUGCCAAUAGCAGCCAAGACUCUCUUCACAAAGCCCCCAAGAAGAAGGGAAUCAAGUCUUCAAUAGGACGUCUGUUUGGUAAAAAAGAAAAAGCCCGACUUGGGCAGCUCCGAGGCUUUAUGGAGACUGAGGCCGCAGCUCAGGAGUCCCUGGGGCUAGGCAAACUUGGAACUCAAGCUGAGAAGGAUAGAAGACUGAAGAAAAACACAUCUGGGCAUGAACUUCUAGAAGAGGCUCGGAGGAAGGGAUUACCUUUUGCUCAGUGGGAUGGGCCCACUGUGGUUGCAUGGCUGGAGCUCUGGUUGGGAAUGCCUGCUUGGUACGUAGCGGCCUGCCGAGCCAACGUGAAAAGUGGUGCCAUCAUGUCUGCUUUAUCAGACACUGAGAUCCAGAGAGAAAUCGGAAUCAGCAAUCCCCUGCAUCGUUUAAAGCUGCGACUAGCAAUCCAGGAGAUGGUUUCCCUAACAAGUCCUUCGGCACCUCCGACAUCCCGAACUCCUUCAGGCAACGUUUGGGUGACCCACGAAGAAAUGGAAAAUCUGGCCGCUCCAGCAAAAACGAAAGAAUCUGAGGAAGGAAGCUGGGCCCAGUGUCCGGUUUUUCUACAGACUCUGGCUUAUGGAGAUAUGAACCACGAAUGGAUUGGAAAUGAAUGGCUUCCCAGCCUGGGGUUACCUCAAUACAGAAGUUAUUUUAUGGAAUGCUUGGUAGAUGCAAGAAUGUUAGAUCACCUAACAAAAAAAGAUCUCCGUGUCCAUUUAAAAAUGGUGGAUAGUUUUCAUCGAACAAGUUUACAGUAUGGAAUUAUGUGCUUAAAGAGGUUGAAUUAUGACAGAAAAGAACUAGAAAGAAGACGGGAAGCAAGCCAACAUGAAAUAAAAGAUGUGUUGGUGUGGAGCAAUGAUCGAGUUAUUCGCUGGAUACAAGCAAUUGGACUUCGAGAAUAUGCAAAUAAUAUUCUUGAAAGUGGUGUGCAUGGCUCACUUAUAGCCCUGGAUGAGAACUUUGACUACAGCAGCUUAGCUUUAUUACUGCAGAUUCCCACACAGAACACCCAGGCAAGGCAGAUUCUUGAAAGGGAAUACAAUAACCUCCUGGCUCUGGGAACUGAACGGCGACUGGAAGAAAGUGAUGACAAGAAUUUCAGGCGUGGGUCAACAUGGAGAAGACAGUUUCCCCCCCGUGAGGUACAUGGAAUCAGCAUGAUGCCUGGGUCCUCAGAAACAUUGCCGGCUGGAUUCAGGUUAACCACAACAUCUGGGCAAUCGAGGAAAAUGACAACGGAUGAUGUCUUUUCCGUCUACUCUACCUAAAGUGCACUACCAUCUCAGAAGACGAACAGUGAAAACCUUUGUGAAGACUGAAUUCUAAGGACACAACCAUAAGUAAAGGCUUAUCAAGCUGAAAAUGUGAUCUGGGGGGGAGUCAGAUAUUAAGUUUGAUUAGUUUACUACAAUUGUAAGAAAAUGCUUAAGUCAUAUGAAUAAUAAGCAUCAUCCACAUCAUAAAUUCUGUACAACAGAUGCUUUUAUGAAAUGGAGCCACUUGUUUUUUCAUGUUUUAUUGUAAUAUACUAGGCAUUUAUGUAUUACUGUGUAUGUAUUUCUUUUUAAAUGUGUAAGUCUUAUGUAAAUGGAUAUAAAUAUGAUUUUUAAAAAAAAUAAAAUAUAUGGUUCAUGGAGUCUCGAGUGCAAACAUUUGACAAUUCCAAGUACUGUUUGUAUUUUACCAUUCCACCAUUUUUACAGUUUUUGAAUUGUAACAGUCAAAUCGAUAUGUUUCUCCUUCAAGUCUGUCAAUACUUAAAGCUAAAAACCUGCCUCUGAUCAUGUAAAAAGGAAUGAUUUAACCUGGAACUGGAGCCAAAAAUAGUCCUUCAAAGGCAAUCAGGGAUGUCCUAUAUCUUUAGAAAUAGCACUGUGAUGGCUCGAUCUCCUUUUCAAUACAAAACAGAGCUAAACUGUUUAUAGGAGUCAAAAGCAAUUAUUUAAAAAAAAUUUAUAAGGAAUAAACAUUAUCUUCUCUUGUUACCUGUGGACCAAGAAAAAAAAAGAAAAAAACUUCUUUACAAAGAACCACAUGUUCAUCAGAUAUCUUGAACCGCCAGCCAGCACUGUUCAGUGAAUGUCAAUCACUGCAGAGUCUGAGGCUCAUUUCCAUUGAAAAAAAAAAAAAAAAGACAAAACCCAAAAACCUUUCCCUUUUGUCAGUGUAACAGGGCAUUAGCCAGACUCAUGUCUAAUGUUAUAAGCUUCUAGCCAAGAUGGCCUUGUUGCGACUUCCCUGAAGUCAGUGUUUAUCAGAGGAAAUAAAUGAAAGGCAGAAUGAUUAACAUAUAUAGUGUAUAAAGUAUACAAGAGUAAUCUCUUCCCUGUGGCUUUAUUUGGUGGUGUUACUGUUGUUUAUUCUUUGUUUAUAUGGGAGAUUUCAAAGUAAAACCUAUUUAAUAAUACCAUUUAUCUAACUGCUGAUUUUCUGCUGCUUGAUCUUAUGAAGCGCAAGACCUGUCAUUAGUAAUUUCCUUUUUGUAUUUAAUUUGCUAUGUUUGCACGUACAUUACAUUUGUUUUGAUGUCUAUUUUUAACAGAUUCAGUCAAAAGGUAAUGGUAACAGAACCCUCUCCAUUGUCAAUAAAAAAAAAUACUUCCAGUUCUCUGUUUAAUCUUUGUUUUCCAUCACGUAAUGUUUAACAAUUUACUUAAACCAUAAUGCAAAUUUUCCUUUUAGUGACACUCAAUCUAAUAUUUAUC